CAGAAGGCCCGCAAAAAGAUUCGUGGGCAUAGAGAACUGCCAAGAGAGGAGGGAAGAGAGAGCGAGGGGGGGAUGGCAGCCCCGCACAUUUGGCCUGGUUUUUCAACAGGCCGAACGAAUCGCCUGCAGCACAUUGCUGCAGGUGCUGGCCAUCAUGGUGGUGUUGCCCACCCCACAAGAGGUGGCAAAUUAUAUCAAAGAAAAGUGGCUGCAGCUGGUCCGGUUGGAUCCGUACAAUAUCCAACCAUCUGA